AUGAUAAAAGGUGGCUAUGGUGGAGGCGGUGCCACGUUCAACCAUUAUGGAGCGGAUUAUAAUUAUGGUUCGGGAAGUGGUGGUGGCCAAACCGCUGUCAAAUUUCUGUCUAAUGAUCUCUGGCACCGAGUGAUUGUGAGUGGUGCUGGAGGUGGAUCUGAUAAUGUAUAUCCUACUGAAACAUUAAAAGGCACUGAUGAUGGAUCCGGUGGUGCAGGAGGUGGGUUUGUAGGUCAAGGGUAUUGGCAAAAUGGGCAAAUACAACUCUCAAGACUUGCAGACUCCACUUCUGGCUUCACUUUUGGAUCUGGUGAAUCAGCGCAAUUUUAUCGAUCAAGGAAUCCAAAAGGUGUUCAAUCUUCUUAUGGCGGUGCUGAUAGACCUGGAGCUGGAGCUGGCUGGUUCGGUGGAUUCGCUGGACACCAUCAAGAUGCAGGUGCAGGCGGGGGAAGUUCGUGGGCAUUGUCUGAAAAUCGCCCGAUACCCACAGGAACCAUCACUGCACAUGGAUCAUUUUAUAAUGAAUCCGAGAGUCAUCCUUAUGCUUUCACUCUGAAUGAUGGCUUCAUAUUCAAGGAUGUCAAGACUGCAUCAGGUGUUUGGGAAGGUCAUGGAAGACUCGUUAUUACUAUUAUCCAGCGUGGAUAUUCGAUUUGUAGAAUUAAUUAUAAUUUGAGGUUUAGCAAUGAAUUUUUGUUAUGCUUUUCUGUAAAACCAUAA